AUGAAAAAGGAUUCUCCAAGUUCUCAGAAAGGGAAGUGUAGACCGGGUAAAAGUGUCAACAGAGGCCUCAACGAGCCUGACAAACUUCCACUGAGUUCCAUACCAAAAGCUCAGGGUCCAGCUGAGUGGGAGUCUGGGGUUCAUGUGACUCUCCCAUCCCCAACCCCAGACCACCUUUUGUCCCGCGAAGAGAUAGUUGAUGACCAAAUGAAGUUGCUUCAGAACUGCUGGAGUGAACUCUUAAUUCUAGACCACAUUUACCGGCAAGUGGUACAUGGGAAAGAAGGCUCCAUCCUUCUGGUUACUGGGCAACAAGUGGAUUAUUCCGUAAUAGCAUCCCAAGCUGGAGCCACUCUCAACAAUCUUAUGAGCCAUGCACAAGAACUAGUAGCAAAGCUUCGUUCCCUGCAGUUUGAUCUACGAGAAUUUGUAUGUCUCAAAUUCCUGGUGCUGUUUAGUUUAGAUGUCAAAAAUCUUGAGAACUUCCAGCUUGUGGAAGGUGUUCAGGAACAAGUGAACGCUGCUCUGCUGGACUACACAAUGUGUAAUUACCCACAGCAAACAGACAAAUUUGGGCAGCUUCUCCUGCGACUACCAGAAAUCCGGGCCAUCAGUAUGCAGGCCGAAGAAUACCUCUAUUACAAACACCUGAACGGGGAUGUGCCAUGUAAUAACCUUCUCAUUGAAAUGCUGCAUGCAAAGAGAGCAUAAAUUGUACCCAUUAGAGCUUCUGCUUUCAAGGAAAAAAAAAAUAUUCUGAACUGCUCCAAGCAACACUAAUUAAAAUGUGGUUUUAAGACUUUGCAAAAUGGUAUAAUAAUCAAAUACUAAUAGUAAAUAAGUGAUGUAUCAGGGUAUUUGUAUUGCAAACUGUGAAUCAUAUGCUACACAUCCCCAAAGGAAUCUGUAUAGGACUUUAUACUGGAGUGAAGUGAAUUUACUAAGUGGAUACUAUCACCAAUGUCAACAUGAAAAAGGACAGAAUGACUCUUGUAUAUUUAACUCCGCUGAUUGCCAAUAUGAAGAAACUUGGGAGAAAAAAAAAAAAGAUCCGUAUUAUCAAGUUAAGAUAGUGGGGGAUUUGAGCGCACUAAAUUCCUUCACUGUAUAGCAGGACUUCUAAAAACAGUUAUAAUAGAUGUAAAACUAUAGCAUCUUCUGUCAUCCUUCCAA